AUGGUGGUUGUGUCUCUGUCCUUUGUAGCUGAUCUCAACCGCAGUGAUGAUAGAGAAGUUGAUAUUAUUGAUACGGUGCCAGUUUUAUUACAGGGUGGGACACCGGAUGGUAUAGACGAUGUAUUGCGGGAUGAUGAUGACAAUGAUGAUGUGGAGCCAGACAUUAUUGCCGAUGAUAGUGGUGAUGACAUAGCAGCGAGUAAUCCAGCUGGGGAGGUUCCUGGAAAACCUGUUGGAUUUGGUGCCAGAGAUACACAGGGUACUAGGGGUCUAGCGGAGUUUCAGGUUGGUCAGCAGUUUCAGAACAAAGAGGAGGUAGUGUUAAGCGUGAAUACUUAUAGCAUCCGACGCGGGGUACAGUAUAAAGUGGUGGAGUCCGAUUAUCGCAAGUACUUUGGAAACUGUAAGGAAUUUGGCAAUGGGUGCACAUGGUUGAUUAGGGUCAGUCUUCACCAGCGUAGAGGUAUUUGGGAGGUAAAACGGUACAAUGGACCUCAUACUUGUCUGGCUACGUCGAUCUCGAGCGAUCACAUGAGUCUUAAUUAUCAUGUGAUCUCGGCCUUCAUACUGCCAAUGGUUAGAGUUGAUGCAGCCGAGUAUAUCAAAGUACUGCUGAAUGCGACAGAGGCACAUUUUGGGUUUAGACCGACUUAUAGGAGGGUUUGUUGGCUAAGCAGAAGGCCGUGGUACAUAUUUAUGGAGAUCAAGAUGAGUCAUACAAUGAGUUGCCGCGAUGGGUCUUAA